AUGACGGAUCGAUUCACUCAAAUUCAAGACCUUGUCAACGAGAUGGCUAACACCAUGUGUAAUGCUGUAGGUGUGCUUCAAGCUUCUGCAUUGCCGUGCGAGUUCAAAGAGUUGUCGCAAGAUUUGUUGAAUGAACAGAAUACAGAAUUGUACGCUUUAACAAUAGCCAGGUUAUGUAAAGACAUUGACAUCCUUAUAGAAAGUAUACCGGCAGAAGAGAAGACUGAAGAAGUGGCCGCGGAGGAAAUGACAGUUAUGGAUAUUGAACAUAAGAAGGUGUGUCAUUAUACUUGGUAAUAUUGUUGUUUAGUUGACAGAAGAUUUGAAGAAGCGUUCUGAGGAAAUAGAUGAUUUGUUGGGUAAUAUUUCCGAAGAGCUGCUACACGUUUCUAAGGCACAGAUGGAUUCGAGGCCGUCAUAUUGA